AUGGAAGGCGUCGAAUCGAGCGCAUUUGCGCUCGGCGGCGUCGUGCUGCGCAGGGACCAAGAGCGCGACGGCACGACGUCCACCAUGAAGCGCACUCGCGAGAUGGUUGGAUGGUCAUCGAGGAGCGAGCAAAUCGAGAACAAAGAUGGAUCGAGCUUGGCAGACUUGGCCCAACGCAACGGUAUCUCCCGAACAUCUCAUCUCUCAUCGUAUGGAGGCUAUGCACAGGCGCGGAUCCUAACUCAUCAAGCGGACCGACCAGCGACUUAUGAACCUGACGACUGUAGUCGCUGGAGAAUGUGGAACUGCAUGCGCGACGACGACGAAGACUCCGUCCAGCGCCUACCUCAACCUGCACCCGCUAUGCUCCAAUACAACGCCGCCCCCGUCGCUUAG